CUUCCUAUUACUUUCCUAUUACACCCAUGAGGCUAGUGUUAGGUGCUCAUACAGCACCAUCACAUAACAGAGGCCUGAUCAGACCUACAAAAGACAGACAAGCAGAUCUCAGCAGUGUGAAGCUAAAGCCUAAGUGACAGGAUCAAAAGGUUUGCUCUCUGAGAUGGCGUUCUGUCCUUUCAACCAGACGGCAAAUAUCCCCAGUAACCCAUCAAACCAAACAGCUGGGAUGAGUUCUUUGAAUUAUUUUACCAUUUCCCUCCAUGGUUUGUUUUCUUCCAUUGGUAUCAUUGAAAACCUCCUCAUCCUCGGAGUAGUGGGUUUCCGUGUGCGCCACUCUGUCAUCAGCAUCUGGAUCCUGAACCUUGCGGCCUCUGACCUGCUGGCCACUUCUUCUCUGCCCUUCUUCACUCUGUACAUGGCACGUGGCAACACCUGGACAUUGGGUACGACCUUUUGCCGCAUCCAUUCAUCCAUCUUCUUUCUCAACAUGUUUGUCAGUGGCUUCCUGCUGGCAGCCAUUUCCAUGGACCGCUGCCUGGUGGUGCUGAGACCCAUCUGGGCCCAGAACCACAGGAGCAUCCAAAUAGUGAGCAAGGUAUGUGGCGUGAUAUGGGCCUUGGCUGUGGUCUGCACUAUCCCCUUCUACAUUUUCCGUGACACCUUAACCCAACCCAAUGGCAAGGUUCUCUGUUACUACAAUUAUGCUCGACUCCUGUCUGGUGAGCAAAAUGCUGAAACCCUGAAAGCCUUAUGUAGGCAUCGCAAGGUGGCCUUGGCCUUUAUGAAGCUAUUCCUAGCCUUCCUGAUCCCGCUACUAAUCAUCAUCCUCAGCUAUGUUGCCGUGAAUGCUAACUUGGCACGCAGAGGCUGUAGACGGCCUCUCCGUUUUGUUCGGCUCGUAAUAGCCGUGGUGGUGAGCUUCAUACUCUGCUGGGCUCCGUACCACUUUUUUAUUGUCAUGGAAGUGAUGGCUUCCCUUGGUACUGUACAGACAUUUGCAAGCAAGGCUCUCCCAGUCGCAGCGACCAUUGGCUUCCUCAACAGUGUUCUGAACCCCAUUCUGUAUGUGUUCAGCUGCCCUGACCUGUGCAGUAAAAUCAGACAUUCUCUGGGUGCGGUGAUGGAGAGCGUUCUGACUGAAGAUCUGGCAUACCUGGCCCGACGCCGCAGCACUGCUCGCUCCAUCAGCACCACCGAGGUUGUGUUGAAGCAGAGGGAUUCGAUUUGAGCCUUGUGGUUCAACUAGAGCUCAUCAUAUUUUUUUAGUAAGAAGCUUGGGUGCCUUCUGCUUUGGUUUCAAUUUGCUGUUGAUGUUGUUUACUGCUAAUGCAAAUGUGAAACCUGAUCCAUGUUUACCUCUUGUCCUUGGAGGAUAAUGUACAAUCCAAAGCAACAUCAGCCUUCCAGCAGCUCACUUGACAUAAAUUCUUCUGUUCCUGGUAGACUUUUAAUUUGAAACACAGGUACACAAAAUGUUCAGUAUUAACUUUCACUGAGUCAGCAUAGUAGAAUCAGUUGGACACUGAUGAAAUUAAUGGUGUCUAACUGCACAUUAUAUAUUUCAGUAUAUAGCCCUUAUUAGCAAUUUAUCUUUAUUUGCUUGUGCUGGCCAUGCCUUCAGAUAUUAGGACCAUUAUUUGAUAUCAGAUUUUAUUUCUAGAAUUUAUGAUAUUUUAAAUUGUCCAGCCUUUCUUCAACUAAGUGUUCGAUGCAGAAAUCAAUAGUUCCAUGGGCAUUUGAGGGUUUAGUUAGAAUUAACCUUUGGUUGUGUUUAUAUUGCAGUUUAACAACUGCUGUAACAGACAAAAAUUAAAAAUUCAUAUUUUGACUUAGAUGAUUGAUUGAUUGUGCAUUUUGCGUUCACUGAACCAAACAACAUCUCAUAUUGUUUGCUUUUGUCACUUUUAUAAAGAGAUUUUGAGCUUUAAGUCACAUGCCUGAAAGUUUUUCAUUUGAUGUUAUCAGCAGCUGUGGCACAUUUAGCAAAUACAGUGCAUUCUUGAUAUUUUCAUUGUAGCAGAAAAUAGAUGUCUUACAUUAUGUAUUAUACGCCAGUGUCCGUUACUGUGCUCCUUGCAUGUAAUGUCUGCCACUUUGAUACUGCAAAGUGACAUUUCUACACAUUAAACAAAAA